AUGGCACCGCAUAAAACACCAAAGAACAAGAAACAUACGCCAAAUGCAUGCACGCCGACAGGAAUCGAUGGCAUGGAUGCGACAAGUCCACUCGGGGAGUCACCGCCCGUGCGGCCUCCUCUCUUCUCGCAACCCUCCGAAACCUAUGAAAAGGCACAGGAAGAUGAGCGCGAAGUUCUGAAGGCUGUUUUCAUGGACGACUAUGUGGAAUCAGAAGCCAGAGGAGCCUGGAGUAAAACCACCGAUCGAGUGCUGCGUGUGAAGCUCACGUCACUCUCUAAUGACAAGAUUUUUGUCACAUUAUGCGCCAAGAUCACGGCUACUUACCCAAAAUCGCUGCCCACUCUCACUCUGGAAGAUUGUAGUAGCUUGAGGAAGAACACUUGGGACAAGCUCUAUGAUCUACUCAAGACCCGUCCACAGGAACUGGUUGGAGAAGUCAUGAUCUACGACAUAGCAUCCGCUAUCCAGGAAAUACUCGAAGACGAAAUAGCCGUGCGCGAAACUGACGGUACCUACGAGAAUCUGGAUGCUGAACGGGCUGUCCAAGAAGCUGCGGCAGCCGAGCAACUCAGGCAGCAAGAGGAGGAAUUGCAGAGGAAGCGAGACGAACAAAAGGCCGAGAAAGAGCGUCUGCUCCAGCAACAAGUCGGCGACGAGAUGCGGCGGAAUGACUUGAUGGCGAAGCGUAAGAGGAACCGCGUAUCCGCAAGUACUCCACCAUCAUACUUCCCCAGUGGAGACAAUGUCAACUACAUCUCAUUCGAUAGAGCGGUCAUCGUCCAGCACGAAGACACGACAGUUCAAUUCAGCGCUGUUGAAAACCCACUCCCGUUCCGUUCUGGGCCUCUAACGGAACAACUACUAGUGAAACCGGCAGGGAGCGACGCCACACUGAUAUUGGUACUGAAGCGUGCUCGGGUAGGUGGCGGAAACGCAGCUGAUGAUCCCCAACUGAAGAAAGCAAUCAUGGGUUUUGAAGACGAGAUGGAGGACCUGAAGCGAUUACGGCAGAGCGCUAUCAUGACAGUCCUCGACUUCAAAGUGGAGCACUUACCCGACUCUGGAUGGGAAAUCAGCAUUCUCAUGGAGCAUGCAAACAAAGGUUCGCUAGCUCCUGAGCUUACGCAAGACGAUCGUCAUACUCGUAAGACAGAUGUAUGGGACAUGGGCGUUGUCUUCCUCCAGAUGCUGUUUGGAAUCGAUGCUCCCGAGAAGUACCACUCGCCAAAAGAGUUGUCUGACACACUAGGUUGCUCUGAACCAUUGCAGGAAGUCAUGCGCAAGUUUUUCAAACCUGACCCCAAGAAAAGGUCUUCCGCUUUUGAUCUCAUCCCUUGCGAGUUCUUGCGCGAUGACGUGGAUGUGUAUGAGCGAUCUCCCACCCCUGCUCGGUCAAGGAAUUCCUCAACAUCAAUGGGUAGGUAUAGAUUACGACGUGAGUCUUCUGCUGGUGUUGUCCCUUCGUACUCGCGUUAUGCGAAUGAUUGGGUCGAACAGGGCCGGUUAGGCAAGGGUGGUUACGGUGAAGUCGUCAAGGCCCGAAACAAAGUCGAUGGCCGUCUCUAUGCGAUCAAGAAGAUUAAACAGAAGUCAGCAGCCGCACUGAGCGAGGUUCUCUCAGAGGUCAUGCUUCUUUCGCGGCUCAAUCACAGCUACGUGGUGCGUUAUUACAUCGCUUGGCUGGAAGCUGAUGCGGAUGAUGACGACUCAGCAAGCUCAGAUGAAGAUGAUUCCGACUCAGACUCAGACUCAGGUUCAGACAUUUCCCCGGGAACGACCACAACCGAUGGCAACGGCUACAACAGGAGCGCUGGUGGCCUAGACUUCAUCAGUUCCAGUGAAUAUCCAAAAAUCGAGUUUGGGUCGGGUUCAGAAUCUGAUAAUGGUGACGAUGGUGCCGUCGUUUUUGGAUCCGACUCGGAAGACGAAUCAGGAACCCCUAGUGCUGGACCACAUUCACCCGCGGUCAAGAAACGCACCAUGUCCGACUCGAAUCCGGCAAGAACAUCCAAGUCAAUCCUGUACAUCCAGAUGGAGUUCUGCGAGAAGCAGACCCUUCGCGAUCUCAUCCGUAACGGUUUAUAUGAUGACCCUGACGAACACUGGAGACUGUUUCGCCAAAUCUUGGAAGGCCUUUCUCACAUUCAUGGGCAUGGAAUCAUUCAUCGCGAUUUAAAACCUGACAACGUUUUCAUUGAUAUGGCUAAGAUCCCCAAAAUUGGCGAUUUUGGACUGGCCACUAUCGGACAGUAUCAGAGGCCUGACACAAAGUCUUCCAAUGGUGCCCAAGAUGGUAGCGACAUGACACGUAGCGUCGGGACCGCGCUUUAUGUGGCUCCUGAGAUAAGCUCCAGCACAACUGGUGACUACAACACCAAGGUCGAUAUGUACUCCAUGGGCAUCAUCUUCUUCGAGAUGUGUUUCCCUUUGAAAACAGCUAUGGAAAGAGACAAGGUGAUUCGAUCAUUGCGAGAGCGGAAACAUGUUCUCCCUUCUGAGUUCGAGGCCCCUGAAAAGUCUCUCCAAGGAAGCAUCAUCAUGGACCUUAUCAGCCAUCGACCAUCAGAACGACCUGGAUGCACGGAGCUUCUAAGAAGUGGAAAAGUACCCGCCCAAAUGGGAGACGAGGCCGUCAAGGAGGUCCUCAAAGCGCUCUCUGACCGCAAUUCUCCAAACUACGCCAAUAUGAUGGCCGCGCUAUUCUCACAAAAGCCUAAUACACAAGCGAAAGAUCAUGCUUGGGAUCUAAGUGCAACAACGCAGGUCCCCAAGGCCAAUGAUGUCCUCCUACAGAAUCUCGUCAGAGAUAGCAUUGGCCGCGGUGGCGCUUUCCUCGAAAAAACCUUCACAAUCGGUCAAGUUUACCGUGAGAACUACGCCGGAAGUGCUCCACGCAGCAAUGGAGAGGCUGACUUUGACAUUCUUUCAUACGAUACGCUCGACCUGCCUCUGAAGGAAGCAGAGGUUCUAAAGGUCGUAGACGAGAUCAUUGAUGAAUUUCCUUCGUUCCGAUCGACACAGAUGUGCUUUCACAUCAAUCAUGCUGAUCUGCUGGACAUGAUCAUGGAGUUUUGCAGGAUUAAAGCACCCAAACGCGCGGCGGUCAAGGCCGUGCUUAGCAAGUUGAACAUUGGGAAGAACAACUGGCAGUCCAUUCGCAAUGAUUUGCGCUCUUCGGAUAUUGGAAUUCCGACUACAUCGCUGGACGAUCUGGCACGAUUUGAUUGGCGUGACACGCCUGAGAAGGCAUUUGCAAAGCUACAACGACUCUUUGAAGGGACGAAGUACCUCGACCGAACACAUGCCAUAUUUGCAUACCUCACCUCUGUUGUCGACUAUAUGAAGCUAUGGAAUGUAAAACGCAAGGUCUAUAUAAGCGUACUCAGCAGCUUCAAUGAGAGGUACUACUCGGGCGGCAUACUAUUCCAAUGUUUAUUCGACACCAAGCAGCGAGAGGUGCUUGCUGCAGGUGGACGGUAUGACAAGUUGAUCGAAGAAUACAGACCGCGGGGUCCGAGUCAUGCUCACCCACCAGCCGCAUAUCAUGCUGUUGGAGUCAAUCUGGGCUGGGACAGACUUGUUGCCUCAAUGAGCCGAUACAUCAAGAAACCCGAGAAGUCAAACUUCGUGCGAAAACACACUGAGGAAGAUACACCCUCAAUCUCUUGGAUGCCACGUCGCUGUGAUUGCCUCGUCGCCAGUUUCGACCCCAGCGUCCUUCGCUCCACAGGUGUCAAAAUGGUCGCAGACCUAAUUUCACACGGCUACACAGCCGAGCUCGCCGUCGACGCCCGCAACACCGAAGAGCUCUUGCGCCACUACCGUGACGACAGGCACAGCUGGGUCAUUGUCAUAAAACAGGGCGUCGGGCCCGACAAGCCCGAGCUCAAAGUCAAAUCCAUUUCCAAAAAGGAAGACACAGACAUGCGCUCCGCCGAGCUACUCAACUACCUCCGCAACGAAUUCCGUGACCGCGAGGAGCGAGAAGAAACCGCUGCCCGCCUCAUCAAAGCAAUAACCCAACCCACAAACACAGCAAACACGCCGAAAUCUUCCGUCGACGUCCUCAUCGCACAGCACCGCUCAAAGAAGUCAAACAAAUGGUCCAUUGUCGAAGCCGCACAGUCUCGUUCUGCGGAGCUCUUGUCUGCCUUCCAGUCCGCGCCUAUCGCUGCGAUCGAGUCAAAGGAAGAAGUCAUGACCCUCAUCAAGGAAACACGACUUAGUGAUCAGGAAUCUUGGCGCUCUUUUAUCCAAAGGAUGCCACUUGCGGAGCGUAAAUAUCUCCAGGAGUUGCAUGAUUUGCUGCUGGGGUAUCGGAGUAAAUGGUUGGAAAGUAAAGGGUUAGAAGGCGGUGGGGAGGGCGCUGUGGGCAAGGCUUUUGUGUAUAAUUUCAGGACUGGUGGGUGUUUGCUGUAUGAUCUGGAAAGUUAA